AUGACAUCACAUUACUCUCAAGAUACUGGAGCCAGAAACGGAUGCACUGAUAACACUCCUAUUCCCAGCACAACAGAAUCUGCUCCAUAUCUAGCUGGUACAAACUACAAUUUCAUUCCUGAAUACAAACCAUAUUUGCAAUCACAACCAUAUAAUCAACCACAAUCCAAUAGUUACUGGCAAGCGCCACAGCACACAAAGCAACAACAGCAACUACCUUCAAUAAAUGUCUUGCAAGCACAAACUAUACAACAAGUUCAACAAGAAAUGGCAUACUCUCAUGCCACCAUACCAGCUCAAAAUAUGGGGUACCCAUACUUUACACAACAGGACUACACGACAGGACAGCCAUAUAUUACCAUUCCUAACUAUACUCCAAGUGCCAACUACUAUGGAAAAUAUACAAAUGCUCCACAGCAACGAUUCCCGCUAAGUCCUGUGUCCUUGCCGGAUAAAAGUACAUCGUGUCCAACUACAGGUUCAUCGACUUCUUCUGCCUCUUCGUCUCAUUAUAGCAACUCCUUGCCGCAAGUAAACCACUCAAUCCACGCAAACCACGCAAACCACGCAUACACGCUGCAUCAUUAUCAACAACUACAACAGCAACAACAGCAACAGCUGAGCUCUGUUCUACCCGCUCCCGUAUCAGAAGACAAGAUCGACUACUCUUCACUCGUAUCCUACACAAUAUCGCCAUCACUCAAACGCAAAAGGAGAAAAAGAAACGAAAGCCAUGCACUACUGUCAUCGUCGUCUUCUUCUUCUUCAGCAAUGCCCACAAUUCCGGCAGAAGAAGAGGAAUCGUACCCAUGUCCAGCAUGCGACAAAGUUUUCCAAAAACCAUACAAUUUGAAAUCACACAUGCGGUCACAUUCAAAUGAAAAACCAUACGCUUGUGCUCAUUGUAGUAAACGCUUUUGUCGAUCACAUGAUAGGAAAAGACACGAACAGUUGCAUAAAGGAGCUAGAAAUUUUAGGUGUGAGGGGUACUUGAAAGAUGGUGUUACGAAAUGGGGGUGUGGUAAAAAGUUUGCUAGGAGUGAUGCGUUGGCACGUCAUUUUAGAACUGAAACUGGCUGGUUGUGCAUUAGGCCAUUGAUGGAUGAAGCAAGGAAGUUGGACGAAGGUGGUGCUACUAGUGGCGGUGGCGCGUCUGGGGCUCUACUACAGGUUGUGGAUGGAACUGCUGGUGCAAAUUCGACCUCAGACAACAAAAGCUCUGCGGAGGAAGAUUUGGAGAAUUCAAAUAUGAUUAGGCGAAUGAUACAUAAUAGGUAG